GCGGCGGCGGCGUCCAUGGCGUCCGUGAAGGGCACGAGCGGCGGCGGGCGAGGCGCCGUCGCGGCCUUGGGGGGCGACGGGGAGCCGGGCGGGGGCCCGGGCGGGGGCCUGACGUCCUCGUCCCAGUACGGGAACGGGCUGGGGGGAAGCGGCCCCGGGGGGGAGCAGGGCGGGGGGCUCCGCGAGGAGGAGGAGGAGGAGGAGAUGCAGGUCGAGGCCGCGGCGGGGGCGGGCGGCGGCGGCGGCGGCGGCGGCGGCGCGGGCGGCGGGAGCAGAGGCGCCGGCCCGAGGGGCGCCCUCUCUUCCUCCUCCUCCUCCUCGCUGCCCUCCCGGGUCGGCCAGGCCGGCGUGGGCGCCCCCCACCACCACCCUCACCCCGAGGAGCUGGAGGAGGAGGCCGGCCUGGGCGAGGGCGACCCCGGCGACUCCGCCAUCGAGGACCCGGAGCUGGAAGCCAUUAAAGCCAGAGUACGGGAGAUGGAGGAAGAAGCAGAGAAGUUGAAAGAGUUACAAAAUGAGGUUGAGAAACAAAUGAACAUGAGCCCCCCACCCGGCAAUGCUGGCCCAGUCAUCAUGUCUUUAGAAGAAAAGAUGGAAGCUGACGCCAGAUCAAUAUAUGUAGGAAAUGUAGAUUAUGGGGCCACUGCGGAAGAGCUGGAAUCCCACUUCCAUGGCUGUGGCUCAGUCAACCGUGUGACGAUCCUCUGCGACAAGUAUACGGGCCAUCCCAAGGGGUUCGCCUACAUUGAGUUUUACGACAAGGAGUCAGUGCGGACUUCCUUAGCGCUAGACGAGUCCCUCUUCAGGGGGAGACAGAUCAAGGUGAUUCCUAAACGGACCAACCGCCCUGGGAUCAGCACCACAGACCGAGGCUUCCCCCGGACCCGGUACCGAGGGAGAGGAUCCGGCUACAGCAGUUUCCGGGCCCGUUUCUACGGUGGUUUCAGCAGCAGGCCGCCCCGAGGGCGUGCUUACAGGGGCCGGGCCAGAGCGACCUCAUGGUAUUCCCCUUACUAAAAACAAAAACAAAAAAAAAGUGGUUGUUUUAGGAAGGAGGAAAAAAAAAAAGAAAAAAAAAUGAAGAUUGUUACCAUGAUGGAAAAAAAAAUACUGUUGGCGGGAGGAGAAUGUUUCUAAUGCUGUGCAGAGAAAGAGGGUUGACGUAUAUGGGAGGGGGGCAAAACCAACCUGUGGGGGGGCAAGCUGUUGUUAAACGCCUGGUGGUAUUGUUGAAAGUUACCCCCUCCACCCUUCCCUUCCAUUUGCAGAUCUGGGGAUAUUGGGCUGUUCUUCCUCUGUGUGUUUAUGAGGGGGCAGUUACGGGGAGGCUUGGGAAGAUGUCCCCCCCUCCUGAAUUCUGCAAUUGUUUUGUUUUUCUCCUGCACCCCUGCUCCACUGUGUGUGUCUGUGUGUGUGUGUGCACAUCCCUGUGCUUGGUUCCUUCUGCCUUGUUUUCUUUCUCUCUGCCCUGCUGUCCCCACCCCCAGACCCAAACAGAUUAGCCGGGAAGAAGCCGGCAUUUGCGGCUUCAUUGCUUCCAUUUCCAGGCAUCGCCCCGUGUUUGUUUCUGCUCAGGACAGCCUCAAAUGCCUCACCCUGGUCUGGCUGGGGGUCGCAGAAGGGACCCUUCCCCGCGUCCACCACCUCCAUCGCCUCUUGGCCCUUUCCCGGAAUGCCGUCCUGCACCCAAAGCGUUGCUCUAAAACAAGGCUGGGGUGACUCUUGCUAAAAAUGGUUACCCCGCUGCCAUUCUUGUUCUUUCCCCCCAUUCAGGUCGUAGGUGCUCUGCUCCCCCCGUUUCUCCCCCGUGUCUCCCUGGGGGUAUGUUACAUGCCUUGUUUGAGUGUCUUUAUCAUUACAGGUUCCUUUACUUUUUAGCCUGAAGAGAUACACCGAAACCUGAAGCUGUAGAGACCGGGGCAGGGGAAAGGACUCGCUGGAGGGUUUGGGGGGUGGCGUUGGGAACCAGAUUUCCAUGUGGGAGAAUGACUUUAAAAAAAAAAGAAAAAAGAA